GGACAUUUUUGUUAUUUUUGCUUCAUCACCUACAUCAUCGUACAUCUGGCAUUUGACUUGCAUAUUCUGCUUCUUCCUCCAGCCUAUCAUACAAGUACCCUUCUAACCUUACCUGUAUACUCAGGCACGUUCAUAUCUUACUCCUCAGCCUCUUCCUACCAAAUCCAAUAUGUCUCCUCCGACGAAUGUUGGAAAGUCAUCGGAAUUAUUCACAAAUAACUUUGACGAAUUAGAUAACGCAUUUUUCGACGAAUUUAUUACAUUCAGUCCGUCCAAUGAUGCUGAUGAUGAGCUUCCCCAGCCUAAAUCCUCAGAAGAAUCAUCGGAUAGCAAAGAUCAAGAUUCGGAGACAUUACUAGGAUCUCUAAAUCAUGCUGAUGCCCUAGAUAUUGAAGCCAAUUGGCAAGGGGAUCCAUGGGUUUUCGCCCAAGAUUCAGCCUCACCAGACGGCACACAAGAUAAUCUUUUCUACGCAGAACUUUCUGGCAGAGCCGCAAUAUCUGACUCCGAUCUUCUCAGCCUUGAAGAUAUCUCUUUGCAACCACCUCAAAUAGAAGCAUGGUCUCACCCAUCUCUUCCAGCAACACCAGCACCUACUGCUUCAACAAGAAAGAAGAGUCGUGUUGAAGCACUUGCCAACACUUUGAAGAAAGUGAGCACAAAAUCGGAGAAAUCUCUCCGAAGUCCUAUCCGAAAAUCGCACACAAGUUCUUCAAACAUGCCACGAGGCUCAACGAGUCUUGGAAAAAUGAGCCGGGAAACAAUGAAACGAAAAUUGACUUUGGAUUCUUCGAAGUUUAGUUUCAAUCCUCAACAUCAAUCACCAAUGUCACCUCCACAAUCAGCUAGAAUGACCAAUGCGUCCGAACAUACUUCAUCGUUGAAGAAAAUUCAGAAGACAGAUACUUCUGAAGAAUCAUGGACUGGCAUGCCGCAAGACUUACAAUUCCCAUCCAUACCUACGGAUUACAACACACCACUAUCAACACCCAACCUAGAUAAUAAACAUACACCAGAAAUGAGAUAUCGUCAAUCAUCAUCAAGUGGAUCAAAUGGAUCAAUGUAUCCUAUAACGCCCAAAUCCCAACAAGUAUCAGCCUCAUGGACGCAUCUACCAGGGUCAAAUUUCAGCUCAAUUGGAGCCUCAUCUGGAUACCCUGUUGAGGUAGAAGCUGACGGAAAUUCUCUCUGGUGGAGCCACGCAGCAACAACACCAAUGGCACAACCUUCACCGAAUACACUUCACCGAAAUUCUCAAAGGGCUACCAAAAACCUUGCUUUCCAUAUACAAAAUGAACUUUCAUAUAAUAGCAAUGAAAUGAAUAUGGCUCAAGGAUUAAUGAUAUCCAUGCCAGAAAACACACCCCAACAACCAUUCGUUGUAGAAUCUUCACCUAUGCUUCCACAAGGAUAUUUCAGCACUGGUGGCAACGGAGGAGGACCCCAACCUCAUACACCAUACCACACUCAUAAUGGAGCAUCUAGAACACACUCGCAUUCACACUACUCUCAUCACACCCCCUCAUCCCGCAAAUCACAUCAACAUUCCCAUUCCCAUUCCCAUUCCCAUCAUUACCCUAAUCCGCGACCCCGCAAAACUCGCACUGGAUCCAGCGGAUCCGAAUCGCCCUCUCCCAAAUCCUCGCCCACGUUCCACGUGCGAAAACAGCGGAAAUCAAAAAAUCGAAAUACAUCCCCGCGAACUCCUACUUCUGGACGCGGAAUGGUGGAUUUUGUUAAUUAUACUCCAGAUGAUAGUCGCAAAAUAUUGACCGGAGUAGCACCCAGUGGAUCAAGUAAGACGAAAGCGAGACGAGAAAAAGAAGCGAUGGAGAAGAGGAGAAAAUUGUCGCAAGCGGCGCUGAAAGCUAUUAGAGCGGCGGGAGGAGAUGUGGGCAGUUUGGUUGAAGAGGGGUUGUUUGUUUAAUCUCCUAAUUUUCUUUCUCUUUUUUUCUUUUUUCUUUUUUAUGGUUCAAUUGUUUUUUUGCGUGAGUUGGAUCAAUUUUUUUUGAUUAGCUUUGGUGUUUGGGUCAAGGGAACUUUACUUAUUAUAAUAAACUGUAUCCACGUAGCUUGAGAAUAUACAUAGACCUAGAUACCUAUAUAAAUUGAACACCGUCGCUGGUUAUCAAUCGUUCUUCCCGAUGUCAUUCGUGAUUGCCUUCGAAUAAUAAUAAGUUGUGA